AUGGCUGCUGCUCAGGCAGAGGAGGGGGAGGAGGAGGUAUGGCGAUACAGCGAUGCCUGGAUGACGCCAGAGCAGGAGUCGGCUGUUGUGGCGGCUGUUCAGGCGAUGGAGGAGGCGGCGAACAGUCCCAAUCCGUUUCAAGAAUCCAUGCUCCCGGAUGCGAGUCAAGACGCCUUCAAUUUACAUCUGCUUGCUGACUCGGCCAGUAGCAGCCGGGCAUCGCGCUCUCCUUUCUCGAUCAGUACCCCGAGCCGGGCGCAGCACGUUGGCGGUAUGCAGCCACUGACCGGUAGCUCAUCACCGACACCAAGCCCCCGUCUUGCAGCGUCUAGCGACGACAAUCUGACUGGUUUGACCUGCGAUAGCCAACGGGUUGCUCGUGACCCACUGCCGACGUCUUCCGCCUCGCAUCGUCACUCGCCUACUCCUUCAACCAGGGAAGCAUCGCCAUUCAAGGCUCUUCCAAAUCAUUCGCCGCUGCGACCGUCUUGGACACGCGCAUCAGGCGAACCUUCGGCAGCAAGCCUGCCUGCUCCAAAGCAAGCCUCACCGCAGCCCAGUUUGGCCACCCUCGACGAUGAAAUCGCCAGCUCUGAUUCCCCGAAAAGGCAACGUUGGAAGCAGCGCUCGCCUGGUCAUUGGCCUUCCCAGCCACAGGCCGAACAGUCUGCAGCUCGUUCGGCACCGAGUCUGGAAGAGGGUGCGGCUACGGCGCGUUCACCUUCGAGUUCGACAAGAGUGAUGCCUUCCGGCUCACCUGUGCACAGCCCCGCCAUCUCCGGAGGACUGCGCCCCACACCUUCGACAACAGAGAGCGCCCCGCUGUUUGGCAAGCGACCCAAGCGCGCGAUGGGUGUGGCUCUUUCUCAUGACGAGGAUGACGAUGCGGAUGCAUCUCAGCUUAUUCCUGCUACUUUUCCCGGACCCAGCUUGCCCUCGGCUCAGCCCAAUCUGCCUCGACAGUCAAUGGUUGUAUCCCCCGUCCCUUCGCAUGACAGCGUCGAGCUAUUGCCUGGCGUUCCAACAACGGCAGGGUCACAGUCACAACCAUCGCCUCUUACAGGAUCGCUCACGACAUUCUCGGUGCCAGCGGCACCCAGUCAGCGCUUUGCGCCCUUGCCCGACAAGCUGGUUCUAUCCGCCAAUCCAGCACCCUUGCUGCAAGAGGAUGCCGAGGCCGAGGCUUCAGCCCUGCAGGCACUGGCUGCCGCACCGUGGGGUCAGCACGAGGCUUCCGCCAUGGCCAACCAAGCCUGUUUGCACUAUUGGGCAAAGGCACACCUGGCUCGCUUGGAAAUGUACCUGCAGGAAUUCGGGCACGUCCAGUCCUGA